GUCGGGUCGGCCCGCCCCAGCGCUUCAACCAUGUGUGCUGCCAGCGAUGACGCCAUGUCUACCGCCGUUGCACGUCGCUCUAUCGCCGACCGUCCAGCGACCAGGCCGCUGGUCAAGUGGCAACCGCGCGAGCUAUAUUAACUUGGCGUACUUUGCUGUUCCUGAGUCAAACCCGGUGCGACAUACGAAAGUGAGACGUCCUCCGAUUCACGCAGCAUUUGCUUCCGCUCCGGAGGAACAAGAUGAUCGUCGCGCGGGACUCGUCGCGACCCACGCAAAUUGACUACCGAGCCUUCCCGCGUCUCUCUCAAGAACUCCCAAAUGCACUUCCCUCGCGACCGCGCAGCGUGUUCCGGGGUGGUACAUGGUCGCCGAGUCGUCCGAGUCGCGCUUUCCCGCCAGCAACGACCGCCCCGUAGCGGGACAGAGAUGCGCAUGCCCGCUGCAGAUGAGGAACACCGGCUACCGCGUCUGGAAACAAUGCACACACAUCGCGCUGAUCCCGCCUGUGCGCCUAUGGCAUCAUAGCCUGCUCGAUGCCGCCUCACGCAGAACAGCUGGCUCGGGUGAUGGAAGCCGUUCAUGUAUGACGCAGGACAAAUGCGCCUCGCGCACGACCUUUCAUUCUCGUAGUGCGGCUUGGCAGUGUGUGCACAUAUAUCAUAUAUGCCCCCGCCAAUUACAGAUGGAGGUGCAGCGUCGCGGACCCCGAUCGAUAGAGGGGAGGUGGCGGAAGCACCGAUUAUGCACCGAUUAUGGCGAUAACGGGCUACCGGACGAUCUGGGCGGAUUGGUCAGCGGCGCCCACGCAUCUGCGAUCUGGGGCAGGCCUGGGGCAGGCCGCUGGCUGGUGGCCACAGUCGCGGGCGGGUGUCGUGCCACUGACAGCUGCCACGCAGGAUAUCAGGACGCCUCUUCCGAGCGCAGAACGCACCCUCAGAAAGGCCCCUCAGAUUCCAUCGCCUGCGCUCGGCACCGUCACACCGCUCGCGGCGCUGCGCUAGACAGAACAGGCAUGCUCUCUCAGGAAGACUCGCUCAAGCGAGCAGCGCUCUGCCUCUGCUGGUCAGCAGCCCGCUGGCCGCCAUUCAGACUUUCCAGCCGGUGCGUCCAGGCCCCCAUACCCUGCCCUUGAUUGAGGCCUUCCAGAGCAAGUCAUGGGUGCAACCACAGCAGCGCGGCGGU